AUGAUUAAUUAGACUCCUUCUACAAUUGAUUCAUCUGAAAUACUCUUUGAUGAAGAACAACAAUACUAAUCUUAUAUUAGACAGUAAAGCACUAUGGAAAAGAAACUCCAAUAUUCAAUAUCAGCUAAUAAUUAGAUGAAGGGAAUUAAUUAAUAGGAUAUCUAUAAUAAAGAAGGAUGGUUAAUGAAAAAGAGUCCCAAAUUACUGGUAGGAUGGCAAGUAAAUUGUUAAUAUAUUACCAAAAUUUAUUAGAAACGAUAUAUUAAGAUUUAAGAAGGAAAGAUGUAAUAUUUUAAAGGUUCAGAAAAAUUUAAGGGUUGCAUAGAUUUUCAUUUGAUCACAGUAACAAUAAUUCCUAUCAUGAAGAAUAAUGUGAUACAUGAAAUAAGGUAAUUUUUUGGAUCAAUGAUAAUCAGAUUGGAAUUAAAUGGAAUUAAAAAGAUAUUUUAGUUUAAAAGUAUAGAUCGCAAAGAUUUGCAAGAUUGGUAUAGUUGUCUUAAACAACAUAUUUUAAUGACAUAAUCUUAUCCAAAAAUGACCCCUUUGAAUCAUGAAUCCAUGUGGAGAUUUGAGAGAAUAUCUGAAACAUAUUUCAGAAAAAAAGCUGAUACUGGUGACAUUCACUUAUUUAGGUAAGUAUACAAGUUAAUUAUUCCUAGGGGGCAGUCUCCAUUAAGUAAAAUUUAUAGAGCUUUUACUGGAGACAACUUUGAUCAUGUAGCUUUAUUACUUCGAUAUAAUAAAGGAGAGUUGUUUUUACUUGAAUCUAUGGGAUAAACAGUAAAAUUUAACAUAGGAAAUCUAGGGUGUCAAUCUUUUGAGUUGGGAUACUUUUAUGCAAAGCAAUUGGCAUAAUUUAUAUCAACAGAUGGUAUACAAAUAAUUAGAAGUAAAUAAAUCAAUGAAAUACUUGAAAAACUUGAAUAAUUUGUUAAAGUUCAUAUUCAAUUGUAUUAUUUAGGUAUCUAUUGUCAAAGAUAUCAAAUGUCACCAAGUUAAUUGAUUAAACGAUUUACAAAAUCUAAUGAAUCUAUUGAUGGGAGUUAUUGAUACAAACCGAUGCGCUGCUUCUUAUUGGCCAGGUAUUUUUGCUUAGAAUUCUAAAAUUCAUUU